CUUUCAGGCCGCACGGACGUGUUUUGCGUGCUUCCGUGCGUGUUUUCCCGUGAAAAGAGAUUAAAGGUGUGUGAUGCUUACCGUUGACCACCGUGCAGAAGCAAAGGCCAACGUUUGCUAACUGAGCACAUCGAAAGUAAACAGCUGGUUUGACAGUUCUGCUCGCUUUCUUGAACAAUCAACGCACACACUGCUGUGCCCGAACUUAACACUGUGUGUAUAUCCGUGCGUGCGUGUUUGUGUGUGUGCAUGUGUGCAGUGAACAAUUCUCGGUCUAGUAGUCAUCAUCAACCACCACCAACCCGUCGCAAACAAUCCAGAAGCCCGGAGCAAGUCCUUUCGUUGAAUCGAGCAGCCUGAGCGUACCCGGCACGACCCCGCGAACGAGGGGACGGAGGUAGGCGAGGACGAGGGCGCCUACAGACUGGCACGCGGUUGACGCGGUGUGAGGUGGUCCGGCCGGUGUUGGCCAUCCGACGUCCUCCAGCAAACAAGCGAUGGGUGAGGUCGGUGCCAACGCCACGGAAACGACGGCCAGCGAGCUGAAGGAAAAUGGAGAGUUGAACGGUGGUACCACAUUAGCUGCAGAAGCAGUAGCAGCAGCAGCAGCAGCAGCAACAGGGACGACAGGGACAGAUGCUGCAGCGAUAGUGCUGCAGAAGACAAAGAAGGUUGUCGAUAGCAAGGGGAUUGAAAAUGCUAGUAUCGAGAAAGAUGCUGGGGCAGGCGAGGGGAAAGAAAAGCUGGAUGAUCGACAGCCAAAGGACAGUGCAGUGGAGCAAACGGAGAAGGCGAAUGCUGAGGAUCAGGCCAGUAAUGCUGGCGAGAUGCUAGAGAAAAAAGGACGUCGCCAGGCCAAGCCAGCAGCUGAGGAAUCCUCGGCGGUCCCGCUUGCGACGCUAUCUAGUGAGAAGAAGGCGAAUGCAGACGACGACUGCGACGAAAAUGAGGACGGUUCGGAUGCCCAGCAGGCGGGGACUGCGUUGCAAAAGGAAACGUCAAAGCAGACGACCAGCAAACGUCAGCGUAGUAACAGUAGCAGCAGCGGCAGCAUAGAGAAGGACGAUACGAGCAAGAUCCAGAAGAAACAGCAGGCUGGUGGUGCUGAAAGCAGCAACGGUUCUGUGAAUGGUGACGGUGUUUCUGGUUCCUCGCAGGCGGACGACCGGCGGAGAACGGAGGCCGAAGCUACUGGCGGUGUGAUAGAGCUCGAUCUGGACGAUACCAUACCCGAGGAGGAAGAACCGAUGGAGGUGGACGAAACGACGGAAAAGGAGAAGAAAACGGGCGGGGGUGGUACGGAGGGGCAGCCGAAUGGCAAGAGCGCGGAAGUGGACCGGAACCAAUCCAAAGCGGUGGUAGCGGUGGAAAGAACCAAAGAAGGCGAGAAGGAAGCGGAAACGACAACGGUUUCCAGUACCGUCACCAAUGGACACCAGAAGGCCAACGAACCUAGCACCGUCGCCGUCGCUAAGUCCGCUGUCGAUGGUGCAAGAGCAACGGAGGAGCCUAUGGAGCAGGACGAAGAGGAAGACGAGGAUGAUGAAGACGACGACAAGCCUGUGAGCAUUAACUCAGAUUCCGAUGGUGAGGAGCAACAGCAGCCGAAACCAAAAGUGAACGAGCCUGUGAAGAAGGAUGAAGGGGCCAAGCCAUCGGCGGGAUUGAUUGCCGGUGGAGUAGGUGUCCUCAAUCCCGCCGCCGCCGCCGCAGCCGCCAACGGUGUCGUUCCUAACGCAGACAACCGGCAGCAACAGAACGGUGACUGUGAUGGAGAUGUUACGAUAUUGAGUGACAAGGAGGAGGACUGUGUCGUCAUAGAGGAUGACGAUAUGGACGGAGAGGAGGUUGCUGGUGGUGCAUCAGCACCACAACUACCGCCUACUGCAACGACGCCACUUUCGCUCAUCUCGUCGCGGCGAAGCAAAGCGAGACGAUCGGCGAUAGCACCUUCGUCGCCCAUGGUCGCCAUCACACCAGUCGGUAUCGCAGCGGCCCAACAUCAACAGCACAGCUCUGGCCACCAUGAAUCGUCGGAUGAUGAGGAUGAUGAUAUACAAGAGAUCAUAGAGGAUCCCCUUUCGACGCCGUCCAUCCCAAUGGCUCACUCGCGUAGCUCCGGCUCGUUAUCCAUGGGUAGUCCUAUUGGUUCGGCCGGUGGUUUUACAGCAGCCGGUGCGUACAAACCCCAAAAGUCUCUGCUCAUGAACAGCACGGCGGCCGCAGGUAAAGAUCAGGCCCCCAAGCUGCUGCUCAUUGACACGAACACUAUCGAUGGUGGUGCCGGCGCUGGUCGGUCAACGAUCGGUGCUGCUGGUGGGCUAACCGGAGCAGGCAACAGUGUAUCGUUGCUAGCUAACUCGAAAACGCACAACAGCACAAUUAGUGGCGGUUCCAUGGCAACGGUCGGUAUGUCGGCAGUGGGCCAAAAUGUUCCCUUCAACGCCACAACCUUGGGUAAUUCACGCAGCUUGCUGAACAGCGCUACCGGCGGUGGUAC